CUUGGCGAGGCGGUGCGCGGUGCUGCGGUGAAGGCGACACCGGGGAGCCAGGAGUCAGGAGGCAGGAGCCGGGGGAAGGGGGGAAGAGUCCGUCGGGGGUCGCCGUCAGUCAUAACCCCUCGUAAGCGGAGCCCGGGCGUUGGAAAUAUGUCAGAUGAGCUGGCAAAGCAACUGGCCAGUUACAAGGCACAACUUCAACAAGUAGAAGCUGCUUUAUCUACUGAUGCAGACAAUGAAGACCUCCUUAAAUUACAAAAGGAUCUGCAGGAAGUUAUAGAACUUACCAAGGACUUGCUAUCAAAUCAGCCUUCUGUUGCCACAGCCAAUGCAGACAGCUCAGCAAAUUCUGUGUCCAGUCAUAAAUGGAAGACUGGUGACAAGUGUAUGGCCAUUUGGAAUGAAGAUGGACAAUUAUAUGAAGCGGAAAUUGAAGAGAUUGACCAGGAGAAUGGUACGGCUGCCAUCACCUUUACUGGAUACGGUAAUGCCGAUGUGCUUCCCUUGGCCAACCUGAAACCUGUUGAAGAAGGAAAUGAUAGUGAGGAGCUGGGUGGCGACAAACCCAAAUCCAAGAAAGAAAUGGUUGCCCAACAGAGGGAGUACAAGAAGAAGAAAGCUUUGAAAAAGGCCCAGAGAAUGAAGGAGCUCGAACAGGAGCGAGAGGAACAAAAAGUAAAAUGGCAACAGUUUAACAACAGAGCCUACUCCAAGAACAAAAAGGGACAGGUAAAGAAAAGCAUUUUUGCUUCACCGGAAAGCGUGACUGGAAAAGUUGGAGUUGGCACAUGUGGCAUAGCAGACAGACCAAUGACUCAGUACCAAGACACAUCCAAGUAUAAUGUGCGGCAUCUUAUGCCACAGUAACUAGAACCUGUGUAAAAUAUUUGCAAGAUAACAUUUGUUUUUUUUUGUCAAUGUUGUAUUACAUUAGUGCACUUUUAAUAGUUUUUGGCAACUUCAUUUGGUGUAUUGGCAUAAAGUUACAGCUGUGUGAUGCCAGGUCUAUAUGAGAAAGUUAAUUAAUGUGUAUAGUUACCAUCUAUUAUUGAGGCAGGUGGAGGAUUUGAUAACUCAAUCUUCCUAUUUGAGGAAGAAUAAUUUUUACAAUUUAGCUUUUUUUUGUAAGUAUAAUUGGGCAAUUUUAACAAAUAAAAAAAAUAAUCUAAAA